AGAAGGUCAGGGUGAGGGCCAGCAAUCGGUUGGAUGUCGAAAUUGUUCUAAUCGUCGUCGGCCAAACGGCGACGGGUAAACGAUAGAGACUGGCCUUGUUGAGCCGGCCUUCCGGGCAAACGCCGCGAUGUUGACUGAGUGGGACCCGAAGACAAUCGAGAACCAGCAGCCCUCGGCCACUUGUCUCCUGAGGGUCAAACAGGACAUCGCGGAGAUCAAGGCCAACCCGCUGCCCGGAAUCUACGUGUCUCCCGAGGAGGACGACCUGACCAAGUUCCACGCCAUCGUGGUGGGGCCGUCGGGCACUCCCUACGAGCGCGGCUUCUUCCAGUUCUUCAUGAAGUGCCCCGCCAACUACCCGAUGCAGCCGCCACGCGUGCGCCUGAUGACCACGGACGCUGGACGCGUGCGAUUCAACCCGAACCUCUACGCUUGCGGAAAGGUCUGCCUCAGCAUCCUCGGCACAUGGCCAGGACCCGCCUGGAGCCCGGCACAGAGCGUAAGCAGCGUACUGAUCUCCAUCCAGUCGCUGCUCAACGAGGAACCGUACUACAACGAACCUGGAUUUGCAAAAGGAAUGUCCCCCGUCGCCUCUAAAAGCUACAACGACAAUAUACAACACGAGACCAUUAGAGUUGCCGUCUGCGACAUGGUAGAAGCCUGCCUGCAGGCCAACCCUCCGUGUCCGCCGGACCUGGCGGAGGCCAUUUUAAAGCAGUUCGCCGAGUCUUAUGGCAUGUACGAAGAAAAAGUCAAAGGCCUGACUCAAGUCACUUUUUCCAACGUGGCGGGGGGAUUUCUAGGUUUCUUCACGCAGAAAACUACGUAUCAGUACGACACACUGCUGACGCGACUCAAGGACUUGAAGGAACGGGUGGAGAAAAAACACGAAGCCGAAGUGAAUGCUAACAUGGACGCCGAUUUCAACGCUGAUGUUAACGUUGUCGUUGUUAACGCUGAUGCCAACGCCGGACAAUGAUGGACUACCGUUGCGAAGUCGUCCCGUGGAGCAGUUCAAAGCUGCACUGCUUCCGAAUGUCGGGGGGAACCAAUGUUCGACCACGAAAAAAGAAAGACGCAAGUUAGCACAAGCUCGAAGAGUUCACCAAGACGAGUGACACGAGACAUAUGCGUGCCCUCCCCUCUAAAUUAAAUGAUCUGAUCACGAAUGGU